AUGGGUCCAUCAUUAAGGGACCAUGGAUCCUUCGUCCGCCCAUCGACGCGCGAUCGCCCAACAACCCGCGGCGAAGGGGAGAACUCAUUGGUAGUCCCCAGUCGCACUUCCUCGCUGCACUCGCGCAUUACUCAACCCAUUCCUUCUACCCUCAGCAUGAAGCCCACGCAGCGGACGCCCAAGACCCUCACCCAUGCCUACAUGGUGUGUGGUGUCGGUCGUGAGCCCUCGCAAUGGGUGAAAGCACCCACGCCCGACCAGGGCAAGAUUGGCCACAUGAAAGGUGCCGUGGGGCAAUUCUGGUUGCCCGAAAUCCUCGGCAGCAGCCCUCGUCUGGAGCAAGACAAUGAAAUUGCGCGAUCGCUGCACUCGGCUAUGAGGGCAUGCUUCCCUCACGAUGUCGAAAUCUGUACAGGCAAGAGCCAACCCCAUUGUGGUCAUCAUGCCUUUGUCUUGCAACAAGAUUCCUCCCAUACUCUAUACGGCAUCGCGUUGCGCGUGUGGUCUCGAGCGGAUGAGAAGCGGGCGGAAACCAUUCGCGAGUUGCGCAAGAAGACCGAACCAGACUUUUACGACAACCCGGACGAGACCUACUGGAUCCCCUACUGCCUGAGCUUCUUGUCCCGCUACCCGCUGUACGAUCUACUGGGCGACUACCUGAGGGGGAUGUGGAUUCACUGGAACAAGGCCACGAACCUCUUUCACGCAGAAGAGGUGUCUCGGAUCCUCAGCUUCCCGGCACCCCGAUUGAACGAUCUGGUCCGCAUCGACAUGAAGGACUACGCCCUCUGCUACCAAUUCCCCUCCUCCCCGACCGGAUUUCAGAACUUCUCAAUGUGGCCGCUCUUCAACUGCCUGUCCAUCCCCAACAUCGUCGGCGUCAUCGAGGCAGCUGUCUCGCCUACACGUCGUAUCAUUUUCGUCUCACACUAUCCCGCCAUGCUGACGGUCGCCGCCGAGACCAUCCGAUACUGUGUCCGCGUCUACGAGUGGAGUGGCCUGUACGUUCCUGUGGUGCACGCCCGCCAUGUGAAAGAACUCGUGCAGGAGCCCGGUCCAUAUAUCUUGGGUAUCACUGCCGAAUGUCGCACUCUCUUCAAUGCUCCAUCAGACGCUCUGGUCGUGGAUCUGGAUCGCAACUUUGUCCUGACGUCGAGUCCACCCAAUGUAUUGAAUCAAGGGCAGCGCACCAAAUUUAUCACUCGCCUCACUCAAGCCCUCAACGGAGACGUUUCCCCCUCCGGGGUACCCAAUCACUUGCGGUCAGCUUACGCUGGUGGCAAGCUGAUUCCUGCCGGUCAAAUCAUCGUCAUGCGUGGUGAGGUCGAGAGUGUUCAAGACCCGGAGUGGUGGAACCAGGACGCAGUGAUGGGAGUGAUGGAUCAUGUUUGCGAGAAGCUGGGCCGUAACACCGGUGUCAAGGCCAUCUUUGGCGGGUCGGUCAAGAAGCCCCUGAUGACCAAGGUUUCCAUGCGCCAUCUCAAUGAGAUUGUUCGCGAGCGCAACCAAUACUCACGCGAUGCUAUGGAGGCCUGGCAAGACUUCAUCAAUUUGAAGGGCCGUAUGGAUACUGAGCUUAGCAAGGUCACGAAGCGCAACAACUUCUUGGUCGAAGAGCUCGAGACUUGGAAGCAGCAAUUCCUCAAAUUCCAGGCCUUUGCGGAGCAGCUAACGAAGGAGACUUCGGAGCUCAAGGUCAAGAUUGAGAACCACAAGCGUGAAACCCGCCGCCUCACUGGACUGAUUGAUCAGCAGAAGGACGACGUGGCUCGAUUGACGCUGCGCCUUUCCGGCACCGAGAAGCAGCGUGAUGACGCCCUGGAGGCACUGGUCCUUCAGCAAGAAAUCGCCGAGGAGCUGGAACGUGAGCGCAAGCGCAAUCAGAAAGAGAUCUCGGCUCUCACCCACACCAAUUCGACCUUGUCUCGCCAGCGCGACGACGCCCAGCGGGUGGUCCUCCACCUGCGCAGCCUGAUAAAUGGCCAGAGCCACCACAUGGAGCACAUUGUUCGUUCCAUCGGAAGCAACUCGGAGAUUACUGAAAUGGUCGAGCAGGGUUACGAUGAUGCACCCGAAGAGAUGAGCGAGCGCGAGCGGGAGCCGCGUGAGGAUACAUUGGUGGAGUCGAGCAGCAAGCAGAGCACGCUGAGAAAGUCUACAUCGGUAAAUAACAUGAGACCCGAGCUCGAGCAGCAUUUGCUGAAUAUUGGCAAGGACCACAAGUCACUUGCUCGCCUUAGCGUUACCGACGUGGCGGAUCGCUAUCUCCGCGACAAGACCGACGCCAUCGCAGACAUUAUUCGUAACAUUAGCGACCAGUGCGCCGCCGCCGUCGAGGGAUUGCACCUCGCCCAGGAUGCUGAAGAUGAGGACGACGACGUGCAUUACUCCGUCAAGGAUGGCGGUGAUCGGCUCGGCUCGGAAUAUGAUGGACUCACUACCCGGGCCACGAGUGAAGUGAGUGACCUGGACAACAAUUCUCUCCACCCGGACAAUCGUCACUCGAGUAUUCCCCCGACCCCGGAUCUGGUUCACAACCGGUCAAGCACGUCCAUGUCCAUGAUCAGCAGCUCCACAUUCCCCGAGCGAGCGAGCAUGCAGUACAAUGGUCCUAGUGAGAUCCCCACCAGAAUCGUGGAAGAUGACGAUGAGCAUGCCCAUGAAACCGAGAACAUGGACGAUCAGGCGACCGAGACCGGUACCCUUUCCAAACAAGCUAGUGAGGAUCUUAUGCGGCCCCAAAGCACAAGGGUGGUCUCAUGA